ACCGCUUGCAGCAGGAUCACUAGAGGGAGCCUUUGUCUUCCCUUGGACAAUAAAGGGAGUUUCCAUGUUGCACUCACGCUGGCUGGGGAGAUUCUUGUGCUCACACUAGCAGCACAGCAGCAGCACCAGGCUGGGAGGAGAGCUGGUGUGCAGGCACAUUGUGCAACAUGCAGAUGCCACCCGUGCCUCCUAUCCCUUCUCUAGGAAGCGAGCCGGACAUUUUCUGGAGGGCACCAGGGGCCGGGAAGGUGGAGGAGCUGCCGCUGUGCUAGAAGGAGCCUUGGAUCUAUUGUAUUGGAGGGAGCUGUUGCCUCUGCUCUUACUACUACUGCUGCUGCUGGCAUCACCACAUUGGAUAGGCAUUGGUGGACAGUUUGGAGCAGCUGUGUGCUGGGGGCUUGCGGAUCCCUGUGCCCAGGAGGAGAGGGGUGGAGGUGGCCUUUGCAGAGGCUGCACAUCAUGGGGAAUGCAGGCAGCAUGGAUUCUAACCAGACUGAUUUCAGGGCACACAAUAUGCCCCUUAAGCUGCCCAUGCCUGAGCCAGGUGAACUGGAGGAGAGGUUUGCCAUCGUCUUGAAUGCUAUGAACCUUCCUCCUGAUAAGGCCAGAUUACUGCGCCAGUAUGACAACGAGAAAAAAUGGGAACUUAUCUGCGAUCAGGAAAGGUUUCAAGUAAAGAACCCACCGCACACAUAUAUCCUGAAGCUGAAAGGUUAUCUAGACCCUGCAGUAACAAGGAAGAAAUUUCGGAGGAGGGUUCAGGAGUCCACUCAAGUUUUACGGGAACUGGAAAUCUCUUUGAGAACAAACCACAUAGGGUGGGUGAGAGAAUUUUUGAAUGAAGAAAACAAAGGACUUGAUGUACUUGUGGAAUACCUCUCCUUUGCGCAGUACGCAGUCACAUUCGACUUUGAGAGUCUGGAAAACAAUGUAGAAAACAAUGUUGAUAAAUCAAAACAUUGGAGUCGCUCCAUCGAAGACCUGCAUAGAGGUGGUAACCUGCCAUCUCCAGGGGGAAAUAGUAUUACUCGCUCAGGCAGACACUCCACUUUACGGUAUAAUACUCUGCCCAGUAGACGGACACUGAAAAACUCCAGAUUAGUGAGUAAAAAGGACGACGUCCACGUCUGCAUCAUGUGUCUGCGGGCGGUCAUGAAUUACCAGUAUGGUUUCAACAUGGUCAUGUCCCAUCCGCACGCUGUCAAUGAGAUUGCACUUAGUUUGAACAAUAAAAACCCAAGAACAAAAGCACUUGUCUUAGAGCUACUCGCAGCCGUCUGCCUGGUCCGCGGAGGGCAUGAAAUUAUUUUAGCAGCGUUCGAUAACUUCAAGGAGGUUUGUGGUGAAAAACAACGCUUUGAGAAGCUAAUGGAACAUUUCAGGAAUGAAGACAACAAUAUAGAUUUUAUGGUGGCAUGUAUGCAGUUCAUUAACAUUGUUGUCCAUUCGGUAGAAGACAUGAACUUUAGAGUACAUCUUCAGUUUGAAUUUACCAAAUUAGCCUUGGAUGAGUACCUGGAUAAACUGAAACAUACAGAAAGUGACAAACUUCAAGUCCAGAUUCAGGCCUACCUUGAUAAUGUAUUUGACGUGGGGGCUCUCCUUGAGGAUGCUGAGACCAAGAACGCAGCCUUGGAAAGAGUGGAAGAACUGGAAGAGAAUAUUUCUCAUCUUUCGGAAAAGCUACAAGACACCGAAAAUGAAGCUAUGUCAAAAAUCGUAGAACUGGAAAAACAGCUCAUGCAGAGACAUAAAGAACUGGAAGUCGCCCGGGAAGUCUGUAAAGAUGCGAACACCCAGGUGCACACCUUGCGGAAAAUGGUCAAGGAGAAGGAGGAAGCCAUUCAGAGACAAUCCACUUUGGAGAGAAAAAUCCAUGAGCUGGAAAAACAAGGGACUCUUAAGAUUCAAAAGAAAGAUGGCGAUAUAUCUAUUUUGACGUCGGGGUCUGUGCCAUCAGGUGCAGAGGUAGUGUCUGGAGCAUCAUCUGGUUCUGCUAGCUCACACUCUGGACCUUCUGUGCCGGGUGUGUCUUCUACAGGUGCAUCUGGAAUGUCCAUAUCUUCAGCAGAAACGCCUCCACCUCCACCUCCAGAACCUGGCUCAGUGCAAAAUGGUCCUAUGUCAUCUACCAUGCCUUCAACAUCGCCACCACCACCUCCUCCUCCUCCACCACCACCACCACCACCUCCUCCGCCACUGCCACCACCUCUCCCAGGCUCAAAUGUGGAACCUCCCAUUCCCCCACCUCCCCCAGGAGCACCGCCUCUCCCUGGAAUUGCAUCACCCACCGUUAUUUUUAACUCAGGGCUUACAGAUGGGCCAAUCAAGCUGUUCUCUGUGAAAAUUAAGAAGCCGAUCAAGACAAAGUUCAGGAUGCCGGUAUUCAACUGGGUAGCUCUGAAACCGAACCAGAUCAAUGGAACAGUGUUCAAUGAAAUCGACGAUGAGAGGAUACUGGAGGAUUUAAAUGUUGAUGAGUUUGAGGAAAUCUUCAAGACAAAAGCCCAGGGACCAGCCAUUGAUGUCAGCUCCAGCAAGCAAAAAACAGCACCUAAAGGCUCCAACAAGGUGACAUUACUAGAAGCCAACAGAGCCAAAAACCUGGCGAUCACCUUGAGAAAAGCAGGAAAGACGGCGGAGGAGAUCUGCCGGGCUAUCCAACAGUUUGACCUGAGAACGUUGCCCGUGGACUUUGUGGAAUGUUUGAUGAGAUUCAUGCCCACAGAGGCAGAGGUGAAAGUAUUUCGGCUCUAUGAGAAGGAGAAGAAGCCUUUGGAGAACUUGUCCAAUGAGGAUCGCUUCAUGAUGCAGUUCAGCAAGAUAGAGAGGCUGAUGCAGAAGAUGACCAUCAUGGCCUUCAUUGGAAACUUCUCAGAGAGCAUUCAGAUGUUGACACCGCAACUUCAUGCAAUAAUAGCUGCCUCUGUUUCCAUUAAAUCAUCUCAGAAGUUAAAGAAAAUACUAGAGAUUAUUUUGGCCCUUGGGAAUUAUAUGAACAGUAGCAAACGAGGAGCCGUGUAUGGCUUUAAACUGCAGAGUUUAGACUUGCUUUUGGACACAAAGUCAACGGACAGAAAGCAGACAUUGUUGCACUAUAUAUCCAACGUAGUCAGAGAAAAGUAUCAGCAGGUUUCCCUGUUCUACAAUGAGAUCCAUUAUGUGGAGAAAGCCGCUGCAGUCUCUCUUGAAAAUGUCCUUCUGGAUGUAAAAGAGCUUCAAAGAGGUAUGGAUCUGACAAAAAGAGAAUACACGAUGCACGACCACAAUGUCAUGCUCAAAGAGUUUAUGCAAAAUAAUGAAGGAAGGCUCAAGAAAUUGCAGGAUGAUGCCAAAAUCUCGCAGGACGCCUUUGAUGAAGUAGUGAAAUACUUUGGCGAAAAUCCUAAAACCACUCCCCCUUCAGUAUUCUUCCCUGUAUUUGUCAGAUUUGUCAAAGCCUACAAGCUGGCUGAUGAAGAGAAUGAGCUCAGGAAGAAACAGGAGCUGGCUCUCAUGGAGAAACUUCUAGAACAAGAAGCAAUGAUGGGCCAGGAAGACCAAAAGUCUCCGCAUAAAUCUAAACGCCAGCAGCAAGAGUUAAUUGCAGAAUUAAGGAGGAGGCAAGUUAAAGAUAACAGACAUGUUUAUGAGGGGAAGGAUGGAGCCAUUGAAGAUAUCAUCACAGCCUUAAAGAAGAAUAAUAUCACUAAAUUUCCAAAUGUUCACUCGAGGAUCUUAGAAGCCAACCGUAUAGGAGAGCCGAUGCGGUGAGGAGAAGCGUGAGAAAGCGCUUUGAUGACCCGAACAUGCGCUCUGUAAAUGGUGCUGAAAUCCCUGUAUGAGCUGGAGUCGUUCCUUGCAAACCAGCGGGUCUGUGCAUAUGCGGUGGGGCAGAUCACUAUGGCCCGCAUGCAACGCACGGCAGCAUUUUCACUGCACCUUUUGAACAAACGUAUGUAACCUUUGAACUGCAAAGGGCUCAACUGAUCAAAACUUUGCAUCUAGAAUGCAGAAACAAGCUGGAAUUUCCACUCAAGACAGAUAUGUAUCCAACUGUAGCUAACAAGUGCCUAAAUCGGAAAUACCUGCUCAAAUUAAUCCAAGCAAUAGAACUUGAUUUGAUCAGGUAUCUUUACACCAAUACGUCACUCAGUGUUUUUAACCAAAAUGUAAAAUACAUAUUCCCCUCCCCCCCCCCCCCCUUUUUCCUUUGUUACAUUCAAGUUGAAAGAGUGGUUAAUAAUAGUCCCUGGAAGUUUGUGGUUGACUUGUACAUAACUAUAACUGCAGUCUGGACUGACCAGUGAAGAACAGAAGAAGUCUUUAGAAGGGUUUGUAUGACGUCAUUCAAAGAUGGUUUUGUGCUAAAAUUGCACUUAAUGGUCAUUAAUAUUUAAGGGCUUAUAGUGUGUGUGAAGGAAGGACACCUACAAAACAAACAAAAAAUGCAGAAUUGAGUGGUAAAACACUUCAGCUGUUCUUUUUGUUUUUAAUUAUAUACAUACAUCUUGAUUUUUUUUUUGAGUAACAAUUGUUCAUAUUAAAUCAUGCCACAUUUAUAAAAAAAAAAAGUAAAAAAAAAGAAAAAAAAAGAUUUUUGUAAUGAUUAACUUGCACUAAAUAAUACAGUAUUAGGCUUUAUAAAGUCAAAUCAAGUACAGAUAUUGGACAGAUCUUAAUGCGUUUUAUCAUAAUCUUAGGUUCUCAUUUGGAGUUGGUUAACUACAGUAUCUAUUGAAAGUGCUGAAAAUUGUAGUUCAGGAACAUAGCACUAAAUCAGAUUUAAGCAAUCUGCAUCUCUCCGUCUUGUCGAACUAUAAAUCCCAGCAUGCUGAAGGGUUGCAGAUAGUCCAUCUGUGUUCUAAAUCAAUGACCAUAAAAUAAAAUAAAAUUGUGCAAUGGUUUAUCCUCUCAGCCCGAGAAUCAGACCUGCUAAGGAUUCUCUAUGGUUGGGAUAAGGCGUAUAGAAGAGCAUGUCUGUAAAUUACUGGAGUUUAUGUACCAUAAUCCCGCAAUGCAGGACACAACAUUUUAUUUAAUCUCAUUAUAGAUACUUUUUUUUUUUGGAGUACCUAAAGUACCCUUUUGGUUGACAUUAUUUGAUAGCAAACUAACAUGUUUAUUGUAAAAUAAAAUAUUGUAUAGUAUUUAACCACUUUAGAGGAGAUUUACAAGUCAAUGUUACUUUGGUUUUGCUUUGGGUAAUAGAACCAGAUAAAGAAAGUUGAACCAUCUCUUAAUUUUAUUUUUAUUAAUGUAAAAUAAAAAUGCACGUUCAAGACUGUGUUCGUUCUUGGCAAAGGUUUAUCUUCUAUCCUUUGUUAUAUUUCAAAGGUUUAUCCACCCAGCUUUUAUCUGUUUCUUCUACUUAAUUUGUGUUUAAGUGGACCACUCAUAACAUUUCCAAAUUCAUCAUCCUUAUAUAAGAUGUAGUUUUAUGAUAAUCUGUUUUUAAAUGUACAGAUAUUUUGCUACAAAGUUGGUGCAGUUUUUAUGUUUUUUUGUUUUGUUUUCUACUUCUUCAAUUCCCAAUUUAGCCGCUGAGUGAUACUGUAAAUAUUGUUUAAUAAAAUAAAGUCACAUCAGCCUGUGCUACACAACCUGAAUGUUAUUUUAAAUUAUAGGGUUUUUGUUUAUUGUUUUCUUUUUUAAUAUAUAUUUAACGAAUGAUAAAUUUGAGGAUCGCAGUUACAACACUGACAUUUGCUUAACUUUACAAUUUUUUUUUCUCUUGUGUAGAACAGCCAAUACAUGUUACAUUUGCACAUGCGUGUAUACUUUACAUGCUGGGGAAAACAUGCCAAUGUUGGAAGUAAUAUAAUUUAAUAAAUAAACAAUAUUGUAGAAAUGAUGCCUUUUCUUCUGAACUAAUGAGAAUGUAAAAAAAAAUCUAAAUCUUAAAAUCGAGCCUGAAGUGACAUUUUGUUUAAAACUUGUAAAUCUAACGUCAUUUACCUUACUGUAACAUUGGAUGUAUUGGCAUGUUUUCUUCAGUGUUCCUGCAGUUUCUUAGUAACAUGUUUCUUCUGUCAAUUGCAUAUGAUCAAAUAAACUAUUUACACUA